GAAAUAAUUAAGCUUUGCUGGUAAAAUUGUUAGGAAAAUGAAAAAGAUUAAAACUUUUGUUUGUUUCUUAAUACCUCAAUCAAUAAUCAUUUACUGGUUGCUAAGAUACCUUCCAGAAGUUAAUCGAAAUUCAAGUGGUCGUUUCAGUUUAUGUAACCAUAUGUAACAAUGCCUCCUAAUUUAGAUUCUCAGUUGUCAGACGAAGAAGUUCCCAGAAACAACGACCAUGUUACGAUUAUUUUAAGAUCAAUUUCCGACCAUAGUAUUUCUUCUUUAUCAGAUAUAUAUGGCAGUGACGAUUCUUUUAUAGACACUAAUGUCGAUGUUACUUUAGAAGAAUCUCUGCACGUUCCACUGGAACAAAGCUUAAGAGAUUUGUUGGUUCAAGUGACAGACACAGAAGACCUUACAACAGUUACCCAACUAAAGUUACGUGUUAUUUCCCGUGAAACCACCCUCCAAUAUUUAAGUUUUUACACACCGGCCCUAAGAGAGCUCACUCUUGAUGGGAGCGUUGUUUCUUCCUUAAGAGAUCUCGGAUUCGGGUUGAAAAAUUUAAAAAUUCUAAGGGUGAAUAGAUGCGGUUUGACUUGCAUAGAUGGUGUUUUUGGAUUUGAACAUUUGGAAGAGCUUUACAUAGCUAAUAAUGAAAUUAAUACCCUUUCACCAUGUGCAUUUUUGAACAAUGUUCGAGUGUUGGAUGUGCGAAGAAAUAUGAUAUCUCUAGAUGAGAUCGAUUUCCUUAAAUUUUGCGAAAAUAUCGAAGAACUAUAUAUUGAGGGAAAUCCAGGAAUCACAUUAAGUCUUGGACUCAGACAAAUUGUUCAGCACAGAUUGCCCAGGAUUAAAAUUUUGGAUGGCCUUAUUAUAACCCCUUCAGUAAUGAUGAGAAACAACAAUGGAGAGAAUUUUCAAAAUUCUAUAGAGCAUGAUGUAGUCGCGAAUGAAGAUGAGAGAUCCAACUUUAGUAUAGAUUUUCCACCGAGAGUAUUCUUCCAGCGUUUUUUCAACAACUAAAAAAAUACCUGCUAUUCAUUAGUAAAGAAUAAAUUUGUUAAAUAGUCAAAUAAAAUAAAAAACAAGCUGAAAAUGCGAGCAUUAUCAUAACGAAAACUUUGUUUAUUUACGUAUUUUAAUUCAUAAUAUGGAAAAUUGCUAUUAUGAAAAGUAGUUUAGAAAUAAUAAUUA